AUGAGAACUACCGAUCGAGGAAUGGAUCUGCAAGAACGUGUGUCGUACAUCCAGUCCGCCGCGAACGACAAGGCCGCUGGCGACUACGAUGAAGCCAAGACACCUGGCGAGCUCGAAGAGGGAGCCCUGGUUGAAGGGGGCGCCCUGGACCUGUUCUCCCGUGAAGCCAUGGGCCUCUUCGCUCAAUAUGCCGCCAUCGGCAUCAUCUACGGCAUGAUUCCAUCGCUCAACUACCCCAUUUUCAACGUGUACCUGCAAUUGGAAGGCUAUCAGACAGCAUCGUACAACACCCUCGUGACUUUGGGGUGGUCGUUCAAAGUGUUCAUGGGCAUGUUGUCGGAUUGUUACCCAAUCUUUGGCUACCGCCGCAAGUCGUGGAUGUUGAUCGGGUGGACGGCCACGAUGAUCUGCUUGACGAUCAUGACGUUCUCUUCGUUGGGUGACCCGUAUUGCAACCGUGAAAAGGCCGAGGAGCGAAAUUCCAACGCGUGCACCAAGCCGUACUCGAACGCGUCGUUGAAGGACCAUGACUUGUUCAACCUCAGCGCGCCAGACAACGGGGGCUUGUUUAUCAUUCUGUCCAUGUUUGUGUCGGUGGGGUACGUCACGGCUGCGUGUGCGUCCGACGCCAUGGUGGUGCAGUACGCCCAGCGCGAACCGCUGGCCAUCCGCGGUCGAGUUCAAACGGCCAUCUACACAGUACGCACCUUAGCCGGCAUUAUCUCGUUGAUCGUGACCGGGUUCGGGCUGAACAGCGCUAACUACAACGGGUCGUUCUCGUUCUCGAUGGCCCCCAAUGUUCCGUACGCCAUCUGUUUGAUUCCGUGCGUGUUCGUGGUGCUCUCGACGGUGUUUGUCGUCGAAGAGAAGAAAUCGCCUGGCGUACCAGUCUCGGAAUGGGCGAACAACUUCUGGGUGUUGCUUCAGAAGCGCGUGAUGUGGCAAAUCUGCGCCUUUCGUUUCAUCAACAACAUGUUCCAAAGCAUCGGGUCCACGGCCGGGACGCCUUUGUCCAGCACUUGGGCUGGCGUUGAGCCGUUGAACGACUCGUUGUCGUCCAUCAUUGGGAACGCCAUCUUUUCUGCCAUUUUGAUUGUAGUGGCCAAGUGGGGAUUGCACUGGAACUGGCGGUGGACCAUCGCCCUCGGCUCCAUUGGUGUGAUUCUCGUCGAUGGGAUGGUUAUCUUUUUCACGAUCUGGGACGUCGUGCGCAACCAGUGGUUCUUCACGGGUGUGGCUUUGGCCGACAACAUCCCUGGCGGUGUGCGCUUCAUUGUGGCGACGUACUGCGCCGUGGAAAUUGCCGAUGUCGGCAAUGAGGGGGCCACGUAUGGCUUGGUCACGACCGUGUCUAACUUGGCGGGGCCAUUUGCAUCUGUCAUUUACAAGUACAUCGACUCGUACUUUAUGCUGUCGCAAGACGACCUCAGGGCCGAUACGACCGAAGUGCGCUGGGACGUAACGUACUCGUACAUCAUCUCGUUUGGGUGCAAGUUGAUUGCGUUGACGUGGCUGUGGAUGUUGCCCCCUCAACGGAAUGAAAUGCAAGAGCUCAAGAAGAAGGGUGGCAAGAGUAAGUUGGCUGGGGUCAUUUUGAUCGUGGUCUUUACGUGUUGUUUGGCGUUCUCGGUGGCGUCGAGUAUCAUGUCCAUCUACCCUUCAACCAAAUGCUAUCGCAUCGCUGGUGGCAAUGGAAAGUUGGACCCCAACACGGGCAACUGUCCAUUGGUCAAGGCCAACAAGGGCUAGACGCAUUCUGGCGAGUGUAAAAUUGUGUUAAAUACAUAUCAUACAUCAAUUGUG